GGUUUGGUUAGAGAAAAGAAGAAGCAAAAAAAAAUGAGUAAGAGUCAUGUACUGGUCAUACCCUAUCCCGCUCAAGGUCACAUUAACCCAAUGAUCCAAUUCUCCAAGCGCCUAGCCUCCAAAGGACUCCAGGUAACAGCAGUCAUCUUCUCAAGCCAGGCGCUGCUCGAGCAUACCCAACUUGGCUCGGUCGGAGUUGUGACCAUAGAUUGUCAGAGUCAUGAGGAAGCCAAGAUUUCGAUAGAUGACUACCUAAAACAAUUCCAAGCAACGGUGACACUAAAAUUGCGAGAACUCGUUGCAGAACUAAAGAAUUCUUCUGGAUAUCCAAUAUGUUGCCUUGUGUAUGAUUCACUGAUGCCUUGGGUUCUAGAGACAGCUAGACAGCUUGGCCUCAGUGCGGCUUCGUUCUUCACACAGUCAUGUGCUGUUGACACUGUCUACUACCACAUCCAUGAGGGGCAGCUCAAGAUUCCACUAGAGAAGUUGCCUCUAACAUUUUCACGUCCGCCAGCCCUAGAAAUUACUGAUCUGCCAUCAUUUGUGCAAGGUCUGGAAUCAAAAUCAGAAUAUUCAUCUCUAUUGAACCUAGUGGUUAGUCAGUUUUCGAAUUUCAGGGAAGCUGAUUGGAUCUUUGUCAACACUUUCAACACCCUGGAGGAAGAGGCGGUAAACUGGUUGGCAAGCCAAAGGUCAAUAAAGCCAAUAGGACCAACGAUUCCAUCAGUUUACUUGGACAGGCAGCUGGAGGACGACAGAGAGUACGGUCUCAGCCUCUUCAAACCUAAUCUGUACGGUUGCAAGGAGUGGCUAGAUUCAAAGGAAACUGGCUCAGUGGUUUAUGUGUCAUAUGGAAGCAUGGCUGCACUGGGAGAGGAGCAAAUGGCAGAAAUUGCUUGGGGCCUAAAGAGGAGUGGCUGCUACUUCUUGUGGGUAGUCAGAGAAUCGGAAAAGAAAAAACUUCCAAGCAACUUUGCGGAGGAGUCAUCAGAGAAGGGUCUGAUUGUGACCUGGAGCCAGCAGCUAGAGGUUCUGGCUCACAAGUCUGUUGGCUGCUUCAUGACACAUUGUGGGUGGAACUCAACACUCGAGGCGUUGAGCUUAGGAGUACCAAUGGUGGCAAUGCCACAGUGGACUGAUCAACCAACAAAUGCAAAGUACAUUGCCGAUGUUUGGCAUGUAGGAGUUAGAGUAGAGGUAAAUCAAAAGAGGAUUGUCACCAAAGAAGAAGUAGAAAGGUGCAUAAGGGAAGUCAUGGAAAGUGAAAGAAGUAAUGUGAUAAGAAAGAAUUCUGAUAAAUGGAAGAAAUUAGUCAAAAUGGCAGUUGAUGAAGGUGGAAGCUCUGAUAAGAAUAUUGAGGAGUUUGUAACUGAGGUCGUGUGCAAGUCCAAAGGAAUCAUAGAGUGAGGCCCUUGCUGCCUUGAUGUGCUACUAUAAGAUGUUAUGUGCAUAUCAAUAAAUUAUUCAUUUCUAAAUUUUAUGAGCUUUUCAAUCUGUUCUUGUAAAAGAUGUUGUAGACAUCAAUGCAUCUUCUUGGGGUGAUUGUGAAUCCAUAGAUGGGUUAGUAAAAAGAUGUUAUUGACAUCAUUAUAUUUAUUCAUAAUAUCUCAUGAAUCAACAUUACUGUUUAUAA